AUGCAGCUGCGAUUGAUGCUGGAGGAACGUUUGAACAAGGAAUCGGGGGGGACGGGGGGGUGGGGGUUCACACAUAUUGCGGAUCGGGGAGGGAAUACAGAAGCUGGAAAGGAGGUUAAAGGAGGGGCUUAUACUGGGUUUGGAGCAAAAGAUUUUGCAGCUGGAAACGCGUUUGACGAAAAAUUCUGA